AUGACUUUGGAGCUAUCUUUUGGCAUCGCCUCAUUUACCAUGUUGCUUGUUGUAAUGUUCUUUGUAAUCAAAAUCUACUUGGCGUUUACAUCAACUUGCGGUGGGAGUAAACCCUUUUCCUUAGAAGGCGCGGAAAGGGAAAAUCAAGAAAGAGUGAUCAGAGAACAGAGAGACCCGGAAGCGGGGAUACCGUGGAACAAUGAAGGGGCAGGAAGGACAGGAGAGUUGGGACGCCAGCGUGUCCCAGUAGAACACGAUGAACGACUGUGUCCGGGAGUAAGUAUAAGAAAUCUUUUUAUGAUUGAGCAGUUUAAUAAAGAGGGCCCUAAUUUUUUCCACCGCCCUAGCCUGUUCCAGGCUCUCAGAUUGUACGGAUGACGCGUGAGUGAAAAGCACGCGAAAACAUGAGCGCAUGAUCUGGGAAAAGGGGACGGUGGCGGGAAAAAGAAAGGUGCCGCCCUUCCUCUUCCCAGUUUCCUCCCGUUUUAUUUUUGUGUUCGAUUUCGCGGACCCGACUAUCUAGGAGCCUGGAACAGGCUAUAUUUCAGAGGGAAUGACAUUUAAGGAUAUUUUCACAUUAAACCGUAUAAAUUUCGUGCAGAGACGGGUAUAGUAUGACCACCUUUCCGAUAUGUGACUCUCCACUUUAGAGAUCGGAGCCGCGCCGCUUGACUCUCCUUUUACAGAAAAUGCACCGAAAUCACCGUUCUUACCUGUGAACAGAAGCCCUAUCCAGUAUAGCAACUGUGAACAUACAGCCUUAAAGAUCAAGAGUAGUCGAUUCCGAAGUUGUAGUUUAUAACUUAAUUAUAACAUAAUUUAUAAGAAUGUGGGUAAAUGUCUUUGACUCAGGGUUAAAACGAUUGUGAUGGUGGUAUGAAUAUUAUAAAUGAUGUAUUACCAGCAAAGCAGGAUGAAAUCGUAACAUCCGUCUGAUAGGUUUUGCGAGCCAAGCAAAAUUGAAUUCAAAAACUCGUUUUUAGUUCUACCUGCCCAUUCAACUUUAAUAUUUGUUUGAAACGAUUUCCUGUUCGUUUGUUCCUAAAAUUUUCGAAUUCAACUGAAGUUCUUGGAAUGUUAUGUUCUAAAAUACGUGCCAACAACUAAGCCCUCAAUGACAAACUAUAAUCACUCUAGUCAGUGAGAGAAAUCUCCCAGUGUAACGAUUUUUUUCUUUGAUUUUAUUUUCCAAUUUUCUUAACAUGAAAUAAUGUGAUGCUAUUUUUAUUUUAGAUGCACCAAGAUGAUAGCGAUGGGACUUUAUAUGUUGAAGAUUACGCUAAAGUGAAGAUUGAUGAUGAUGAUGAUGCAGUUUCGUGGCAGAUUAUUUAA